UGUUAAAUCCACCCAACACACUCACACGCGCACACAGCUCAACAUGAAUUAAUUGGGGCCCUUAAUGUUUCUUGCAAGCACGCUGGUUUAAUUAUUAUCCUUUUUUUUUUAUAACCUCUGAGCUUAAGUAGCCACUGCAAUUUCCCACUCUCCUUUUUUUUGCAGCCGUGGAUAUUCUUGAACGCUGAAUUUGCAAGGAAAAGCACUUGAGGAAGAAGGGAAGGGAAGUACCUGUUGGAGGAAACUUUGGAUGACAGACCGAACACAAGAUUGCUAAUAUUGGCAGGUUUGUCAACACUCAGAAAGGUGAUGGGGACUGCAAGACACAGAAAACCAAAUGGAAACCAGGGUCUUGAUGAUGUCUCUGUUACAAGCACGAAACCCAAAUCCACAAGCUUACAGAAAGAGGUGGGUCUGAUCAGUGGAAUCUGUGUCAUUGUUGGAACCGUGAUAGGUUCAGGGAUUUUUAUUUCUCCAAAAGCCGUUCUGGCUAAUGCUGGAGCGAUCGGACCGUGCUUGGUUAUUUGGGCAGCUUGCGGAGUGUUGGCCACCUUAGGGGCUCUAUGUUUUGCUGAACUGGGCACUAUGAUCCCCAAAUCCGGAGCAGAAUACCCUUACCUGUUGGAAGCCUUCGGGCCCAUCCCUGCCUUCUUGUUUUCCUGGUCCAGUCUCAUGGUCAUCAAGCCCAGCGCCUUCGCCAUUAUCUGCCUGAGUUUCGCAGAGUAUGUCUCAGCUCCAUUUUACCCAGGAUGUGACCCUCCCGUGGUGGUCGUUAAGUGCCUGGCUAUAGCAGCCCUGGUGAGCAUUACAGUCCUGAAUUCACUGAGUGUGAAAUGGACGAGCUACCUUCAGAACAUUUUAACUGCUACUAAAAUGGUGAUUGUCAUCAUUAUCGUUGUAAGUGGCAUCGUUCUCCUGGCCAAAGGAAACACAAAAAAUUUUAACAAUUCUUUUGACAGUUCCUCAAUUUCCGUGGGAGGCAUAAGCCUGGCAUUUUACAGCGGACUCUGGGCCUAUGAUGGAUGGAAUCAGCUUAAUUAUAUCACAGAAGAGCUUAAAAAUCCUUACAGAAAUCUACCACUCGCUAUAAUAAUUGGAAUCCCUCUGGUCACGGUGUGUUAUAUUCUGAUCAAUGUUUCUUAUUUCACCGCCAUGACAGCCACAGAACUUUUGCAGUCUCAAGCGGUUGCAGUGACAUUCGGGGAUCGAGUCCUUUAUCCCGCUUCUUGGAUUGUUCCACUUUUUGUGGCGCUUUCAGCCCUGGGGGCAGCCAAUGGGACUUGCUUCACGUCUGGCAGGCUUGCUUAUGUCGCAGGACGUGAAGGGCACAUGUUAAAGGUUUUAUCCUACAUCAGCGUUAAACGUUUAACACCUGCGCCCGCUAUUAUAUUUUAUGCUACAGUAGGAUUUUUUUAUAUUCUCCCAGGAGACAUCAAUACCCUCAUUAACUACUUCAGCUUUGCAGUCUGGCUCUUCUAUGGGUUAACUGUCUUGGGACUGAUUAUUAUGCGCUAUACAAGAAAAGAUCUGAAAAGGCCUAUCAAGAUACCACUGGUCAUUCCUUUUAUUGUGGUGUUAGUGGCUAUUGUUCUGGUUUUGGCACCUAUUAUCACUGAGCCUGAGUUUGCAUAUUUAUACUGCGUCCUAUUUAUUUUAAGCGGACUUAUCUUCUACGUUCUUUUCAUCCACUAUAAGUUUGCCUGGGCUCAAAAAAUCUCAGAGCCCAUCACCAUGCAUCUUCAGAUGCUGCUGGAAGUCGUCCCACCAGAAGAAGUUACUGAAUGAAAAAAAAAAGAUCCUAUUUUUCCUUCUGAAAUGGGACAGAAACUGGAUCCUCAAACUAGCUCAGUUUUGCCAAGCAAAAUUUAGUGCUGGUGGUUUACGGAAUAUGCACGACAGUAAAAAUCUUACAAUAUGUAUGAAACAGCAAAGAUCUUAACAAAGAUUUUUUGUUUCAUAAUUACCCUGACUUACCGAGAAAGGGAGUCAAUUUUUUGCAUCAGUUACAAUUUUAAGAUUUAUAGCCAAGCGUGGAAAAAAAUCAAGAAAAGAAACAGGGAGUUUCCACUACUAAAUUCGAAAUGAAAAGCAUUUUAACAACUAAGGAUGACCCUUUUGGGCAAUCUCUUAAGACAAGGCAUCUGAGCGACCCAUUAACCAACGCAACUCCUGCAUCUGAUAGGGUACAGAGCCAUAUCUAGAUGGCAAGGAGAUGCAAGAAGGAUGAAGAUGGAACUGUUUACCUCUAAAACCCAAAGGAAGUUAACAAGUCUAUCCUUGGCCUCAAGAGAGCUUGAGACAGUGCUAUGCUUUCUCUGUACUUAAAGCAUUUUGCAAAAUCAGUGGAUGGGAUAAUAGGGGAUUUAUUGGCCUGGCAUGAGAUCUAAUCCUCACGACCUAGAUAGGAAUUGUCUACGUUUUUCCUCCUCUGACACCCAAGUCUGUGUUUUCAUUUCUGUGGAACUUUAUGAGGUUGAUGAUACAGACUGUUAACCUUCUGCACUGUUCAACGUUGGAUGUUUUAAGAAACAAGGAGGACAACUGCAUCACACCCCAAAAUCUAAUUACCAAAGUACAAUUGGAAGACAACAAAGGAGUUUGUAGCAUUUUAAAAAGACUGGUGAGAUUUAUUACUGCAAUUUUGAAAACCUGUUAGGAUGUCACUCCCCCAAACAUGCAGGAACAGUAUAUCAUUUUCUUUUUAGGAAAUACCAAGUGUGGGGAAACCCAGGGCCAUAUGAUAGUUGGGAGACCACAGACUUUUUACCGUUACUGAAUAUUAGUUUUUGAAAAUUAUUCAGGGGCUUUUAUAAAAAUCUGAGGUGCUCUCUUUCAGAACUGGUCCUUUGCUGUUUCAAUAUUAGCCUCUGGGACUAUUUUGACUCUCAGCAGUUUCAAGUCACAAAUAAUACAAGGUUUUACAAAAGAGGUUAUUCAUUUUAAAUUUUAAUGAACACUUUUUUUCCCUCAGAAAGACAACUAACGGUCAACAGGACCAAUAUUAAUUCAGAGAAGGAUCAAGUAUCUCACUUAUCUGAAUGCAGAAUUAUAAACUCAGGUUGUUUGUAGAUUUGUGCUUCCUUUGUUGUUUUGAUAAACUUUGCACAGCUAUAAAACUAGAACAAUUGGAUUGUACAGUAAUAUGUUUUCAGAGAACUGGAUUCUAUAUUCUAACAUAAUUUCUCAACCUUGAUAACUUUGCUGGCUGAGGAAUUUUGGGAGUUGAAGUCCACACAUCUUAAAUUUGCCCAGGUUGAGAAACACACUUCUAAUGAAUGUGGGGUAUGCAAAGAAUUCCUGAGAAUAAAAAUCUUUGACCUUAGCCCACAAACAUAUACUACAGCCCUCUAUGUCAAUAACAUUUUGCAAAAGUUACCAUUCUGUAUAAGUUGCAUUUAUAAUUACAGAUUUUCUGUAUUCAGAUUUUUCCAUGUUAACAUUUCAAGAAAUGUCAUAUGAUUUUAUUUUCUUCCUCUUGAGGAAGAAACAUGUGAUGCUUUGGUUGACACAGCUGAUAUAUUGCAAUACCACAAUAUAUACACGUGAAAGCAAAACCAGGUAUUUGAAUGUUUUCUGAAACUUAAACACAAAACUUAAUAUUGUGAAAAAAGAACCAAAAGUUAUUCUUUUAUAAUGUUACAUAACUGCUUUACCUCUCACAAAGAAUUACCUCAUCAUAUCAAUUAGACUGAAUUAACAUUAUCCAUUUUAAGCUCCCUAAGAACCAAGUUACAACAAAGGAUCAGCCCAUUCCGUUAGCAGCAUGAAGCAUUACAAAAACUCACCGAUUAUAUUAUAUUGUAUUUUUUUUUAAAGCAAGACAAAAAAAUAUGCUUUCUUUGAGAAGUGUUUUGGUAUAAGUGCAACCGAAAAGCAAUUUUCAAUAUUGUAAUUGACCUGGUCUAAUUGUUAAAUUUGAUAUAACUAUCAACUUGUAUAUCAAAUUAAAUUUCACUCAAAUUUGUUAAGAUUCAUUUGCAACGAGCAUGCUUAGAAUUAUAACUCUCAAUAAGCAGCAAAUGCGGCACCCCACAGAAGUCCUGUUGUCAACAUUUUUAAUAAAGUGCUGGGGCUGUAUCACUAUGAAAAAGGCAUCUGAUGCACUUACAAGGGGUUUUGUACUAUCUAUUUUAGAUGCUUUAACCUUGUA